CUAUAAGCCGUUUCCGGUUUACUGCUGCCAUAUUCCUAUUUUUUUUUUUUCUCCCUGUGGGUUGUUCCCCCCCUUACACACACAGACAGACACACACACACACACACACGCACACACACCCCGCAGAAGGGGUGAGCGGGGGCAGGGAGCGGCGCGCCGGAUCCGCGGUGCUGCGCGAUGCUGCCGGCGGCGCAGCCCUGAGCGCCCGGCACGGCCCGGCCCGCGGCUGCGGGCACCCAGCGCGGCGGCGGCGGCGGCGGCGGCGGCGGCGGCUGCGGGGGGCGGCGGCGGCCGCGCCCCCGGCGCGGAGACAAAGCCGCGGCCGAGCCCUGGAGGGGAGCGGCGGGGUUCGGCCCCGCGGCGCGCACACGCGGGAGGAGCUGAGCUGACUCUGCUGGUGGCCUCGCGUACCACUGUGGCCAGGCGGUAGCUGGGACGUGCAGGACCUGCUGUUCUCCUGCCUCCACUCCUGCCUGCCCGGAUUUUCUUACUAGGGAGAUUCUCCACCUCCGUUCUCCAUCCUGCCAUGCGUGAUCUAGCCUAAAUAUUCCCUUCCGUAGCUUCAGGACGCUGCUGUGUAUCCUGCCAUCUUUGGAGACUGCGAAUAAUUCCCUUCCUUCAUUUAUAUCAUUACCUCGGAGCCCACCACCAUGGGGAGCAGCAAGAGCAAGCCCAAGGACCCCAGCCAGCGCCGGCGCAGCCUGGAGCCACCCGACAGCACCCACCACGGGGGAUUCCCAGCCUCGCAGACCCCCAACAAGACAGCAGCCCCCGACACGCACCGCACCCCCAGCCGCUCCUUUGGGACCGUGGCCACCGAGCCCAAGCUCUUCGGGGGCUUCAACACUUCUGACACCGUCACGUCGCCGCAGCGUGCCGGGGCACUGGCUGGCGGCGUCACCACUUUCGUGGCUCUCUAUGACUACGAGUCCCGGACUGAAACGGACUUGUCCUUCAAGAAAGGAGAACGCCUGCAGAUUGUCAACAACACGAGAAAAGUGGACGUCAGGGAAGGUGACUGGUGGCUGGCUCAUUCCCUCACUACAGGACAGACGGGCUACAUCCCCAGUAACUAUGUCGCGCCCUCAGACUCCAUCCAGGCUGAAGAGUGGUACUUUGGGAAGAUCACUCGUCGGGAGUCCGAGCGGCUGCUGCUCAACCCCGAAAACCCCCGGGGAACCUUCUUGGUCCGGGAGAGCGAGACGACAAAAGGUGCCUAUUGCCUCUCCGUUUCUGACUUUGACAACGCCAAGGGGCUCAAUGUGAAGCACUACAAGAUCCGCAAGCUGGACAGCGGCGGCUUCUACAUCACCUCACGCACACAGUUCAGCAGCCUGCAGCAGCUGGUGGCCUACUACUCCAAACAUGCUGAUGGCUUGUGCCACCGCCUGACCAACGUCUGCCCCACGUCCAAGCCCCAGACCCAGGGACUCGCCAAGGACGCGUGGGAAAUCCCCCGGGAGUCGCUGCGGCUGGAGGUGAAGCUGGGGCAGGGCUGCUUUGGAGAGGUCUGGAUGGGGACCUGGAACGGCACCACCAGAGUGGCCAUAAAGACUCUGAAGCCCGGCACCAUGUCCCCAGAGGCCUUCCUGCAGGAAGCCCAAGUGAUGAAGAAGCUCCGGCAUGAGAAGCUGGUUCAGCUGUACGCAGUGGUGUCGGAAGAGCCCAUCUACAUCGUCACUGAGUACAUGAGCAAGGGGAGCCUCCUGGAUUUCCUGAAGGGAGAGAUGGGCAAGUACCUGCGGCUGCCACAGCUCGUCGAUAUGGCUGCUCAGAUUGCAUCCGGCAUGGCCUAUGUGGAGAGGAUGAACUACGUGCACCGAGACCUGCGGGCGGCCAACAUCCUGGUGGGGGAGAACCUGGUGUGCAAGGUGGCUGACUUUGGGCUGGCACGCCUCAUCGAGGACAACGAGUACACAGCACGGCAAGGUGCCAAGUUCCCCAUCAAGUGGACAGCCCCCGAGGCAGCCCUCUAUGGCCGGUUCACCAUCAAGUCGGAUGUCUGGUCCUUCGGCAUCCUGCUGACUGAGCUGACCACCAAGGGCCGGGUGCCAUACCCAGGGAUGGUCAACAGGGAGGUGCUGGACCAGGUGGAGAGGGGCUACCGCAUGCCCUGCCCGCCCGAGUGCCCCGAGUCGCUGCAUGACCUCAUGUGCCAGUGCUGGCGGAAGGACCCUGAGGAGCGGCCCACUUUUGAGUACCUGCAGGCCUUCCUGGAGGACUACUUCACCUCGACAGAGCCCCAGUACCAGCCUGGAGAGAACCUAUAGGCCUGGAGCUCCUCCUGGCACCAGAGGCCUCGCUGUGGGGCACAGGGGCCUGGCUCCGUGCAGAGGGGCCACGUUUUGGGGAGCAGCCCCAGAGCAGGAUGUGGCAUGGUGAGGUGUCGGGUGCUCCAUCGCUCAUUAAAACUGUGCUGGGCCACCCUUAAUGAGGUGGCGAGAGGAGCCCCGGGCACUGCCACCAGCGGAGCUGGGGCUCAGGAUGGCAAAUGGAGCAGCAGGACGGCUCCUGGCACAGCCACGGCUUUCAGGACCCUCUUCUCACAGCAGCCAGAGAAAUUGGGGGACAACCCCUCCCACCUCAGACACACUGCCCCACACCUCCUGCACCCCCUUUUUUAAAUCAGCACAAAUUUCUUCACCCAUUCACCCCCCCACUUCGCUCUGGUCUGCCCGAGGCCGUUUGCAGAGACGUUUGGCGAUGCGGAAGGCACUGCUUUGGAUCGGAUGCAGCUGGAGAGCAGACCUUGGGAUGCCCCAUGGAGGCUGAUGGUCUCCCUUCCUCCGGCACCUGCCCGUCCUCGGGCGCAGGGCUCAGUGUUUUAGGGAACUACUUGUCUUUCAGCGCUGCUUUUGUCCACCGGAGUGUUUCUAGCCACCAUCCCCCCCGCUUCUGCCAUCCCCUUAUCAGGGAGCACGGAGCCACCGCGAGCAGUUUGCAGGCCCAGCUGCUCCCUGCUUGUGUGUUGGAGGUCGGAGUGAUCCAUGCACAUCCCGGUGCCCGCAGCAGCUCCCAUUGAGCACCCCUGUACAUAGUCCUCCAGCACCUCCCGCUACCUGACCAAGCUGCAUGUGCUGUCGUGUUCCUCCUGUGGUACCGCCGCCAUCUGUCCUUGUUUGUCCCCAGCUGGAGCCCCGCAUCACACCAUCCCCACCUGUGUCCUGGACCUCUUAUCCAUCACUCACACCCGGUGCCAAAAACACCUCCGGAGAACCAGGCUGAGCCGCUGCUGCCUCCCGCUCGCUCCCCGGCGCCUUAUUUAUUACCUGAGUUCUCCGUCGGCGGCUCCGCUCUAAUAGUGAACUCAGUAGGAAGGGGCUGUCAGCAGUAUGGAGGGAUCCCACCUUUGCCCUGGAGGACUGUUUCCGUGCACUUCCGUACUCACGAUGGGACUCAGAGCCCUUCAUCCCCCGGCACGUUUCCUGUGCCCCCCUUGGUGCAGGGCCUGCUGCACCGCUGCGCUCACGGCCUUUUAAGCUCCGUCUCCGUGCCGUUUGUGUGCCAUCGCCACGCAGCGCGCACAGUGCCUGCAUCCCCAGGGGAUGGGCAGUAGCAGAUGUGAGCCGAGAGCUGGGGAGAGGGAAGGCAAACACACGCGUGGACACACCACCUUGGUUUCCUGUAGCACGGAGCAGGGCUGGGGGCUGCUCGCCCAGCUGUGCUCCACAGAGCCCCCGUGCCAUCCCCUCCCUCCACUGCCGGUCUGUUGCUGAAGCCAGUGAACUGCAGGGAUCCCCCCCCCCUCCUCCAGUGAUGCUCUUUGGCACAAAGCAGCCCCGUGUGAGACGUUCUCUUCUGCUGGUACCAUUUUUUAAAGUGUUUUGUAACAUCUCCCACCGACUAUGCAGAGGACGUGGAUCUGUUUCUCCCCCCUCCCGGCCCACCCCCCCCUCUUCCUCUGUCAGUGUCAAAGUAAGAAAUAUUUACCUUUUUUUUUUCCUUUUUUCUUUUUUUUUCUUUUUUUUUGUGAUAAUAAUAAAACUUUGGGAGAAACCCGACCAUGAGCGGCAUGGUGGGGGGCGGGGGGGGGCGGAGAUGCUUUGAAACUCUGACGAUGUUGUUGUAAAUACUUUGCAAUUUGAUAAUUAAAGACAAACAGACCUCACCAAACAGA